CUCCGAUCACGACAUCUGACAAUCGCGCAUGCAUGAUCGCACUCCGCCAGUGUUGCCUGAACCGACAAUCUACAUGUCACAAGAGCAGCAGCAACCUGUAACGCCUGCAGGACCGGCUUCAGAGCAGCGUCCAUCUGCGCCUCGACCUGCCAGAUCCAAAAAUGGGUGCAAUGCCUGCAGGAGAAGGAAGGUCCGCUGUAACGAGCGGCGGCCUCGGUGCAGCCACUGUGAAAGACUGAAUCUUGAGUGUACUUGGAAUCGACCUGUGUCAGCACGUAGCAGUAGCAUUCAAUCGACACAGUCGCUCGCUGUUACUACACCUCAGGCAACUUCGCACAUGUACAACACCAAUGUGACAUCCAUUGAGGGCUACGGAAUGGGCGGUAAUGCCUUCUUCGAUUUCUCUGGACCUCUUGGAUUCGGCGCCUGGGAUGAAGAGAUGCUCCUCAGCCCCAACUCGUGGCCUACGGAUCCAACGAUUGCUGCAGCGACUUCACACUUCGAUACUGUACCUCAGCCCAUCUACCAGCUACCGCUUGGACACCAAUCCUCCGGACCACUCAUCGCAGCCGCUCCAUCCACGCCUCGGGCAAGGUUCCAGGCAUUGACAGAACGUGCAGGGCGACAGCCGGAUCCCGCUUCGACAUCUCCCUUUUCGCACGAAGGCACACAGAGCGGGGCAGCUGAUGGCGAUCUACUUGUUAAUACUUUCUUACAAAUGCUUAUGCCCCCUAUCCUGACGCCUGUCGAGAUUGGCCCAAAGUGGGCAUCCACACGAGCCUUUUUCGGAACUAUGGCCACCGAAGCACCUAUUGUGCGAAGUGCAAUCAUGGCCUUCGCAGCCAUGCAAAUGCAACGGAACGGACUAGGCGGCGACGCCUUGAAAACUGACUGGAGACCACUGUAUGAUACCGCUGCGAGACAGCUGUCAUCGGCCCUUACAAAAAAGCGAAAGUCGGAAGGCACAGAAACGCCUAAGAGUGGGCUUAAGCAUAUACUGGCGUCUCUUUUUCUUCUCACAUAUACUGACUUACUUACAGAGACCCUUCCCAGAGCACAUGCCAAUUUGCGUGAAGCUUACUCUCUGAUACAAAACGCAAACAAAAUGUCAUUUACUGUGCCAGAGAGGCGUCUGAUUUCCUGGCUCCGUCUUCUCGAUGCACGCGCUGUAUCUACCAAUGGAGGCGAAGGACUGUUCCUCGCAGAUAAUGACGAAUCUUUGUUCGAUGCAUCGCCAGCCGCCAACCCUGCUUCAGGACCCGAGACCCAGGAUAUGGAGAUCGAAGAAAUUUUGUUCGAUGUGUUGUACCAUCCCGGCAUCGUGUUUUAUCAGAAAGUGCAGUCCUUCGUAGGACGAAUCACCAGAAUAGAUCCUUGGCACCGAAGCCGCGGCACUGUACAAGAUGAGACUGAAGUAAUGGCCUUGGCUGCGCAAAUUUCUAAGGAUCUGCAUGCGCUGUACGAACAACGACCGGCUCUCAUGGAUCAUGCGGUUGCAGGCAAUCUGACCGAUAAACAUCUCGCACAGAACCUGGCCGUCGCACUUACGCGAAGCUUCCGUACCUACCUUGCAAACUAUUAUGCGUCCUUCAUCCAUCUACAUCGUGUUGCGUAUGUACAGUAUCCGAAAACGAAGGACGUCACCACAGCCAUUGCGGAGAUCAAACGCCUCUCGCACCUCAUGGCCCAGACCGAUGAGUCACUUCCAGUCAAUUUGCUAUGGCCCCUUAUGAUUUGGGCGGCCGAAGAAGAGAGACUGGAAGAGCGACGAUGGAUUCUCGAUGCUAUUCGAGGGCUAGAGAGCAUUGCUUCAAAUGCAAAGGCUACUGGCGACCUCCUUGAGGAGGUGAUUCGACGGCAAGACGAAGGAAAGCGAAGAGUCGACAUACGGAGUGUCAGCCAGGAGUAUUUUGCGAGCCAUCAUUUUGCCAUUGUCUGA